CGCAUCACCAACAAUGUCACUGGCGCCGAUCGAACAGCACUACAGUGCUGCGCUCGCGACGCUCGCACGGUUGAAGGCGCACCAGAUGAAGGACGUCGCGCGUGCGAUAGGGUUGGCGACACUGGGGCGCAAGGCCGACUUGGCAGAGCGGCUCCAGGCCCAUGUGCAAACAGCAUACGCAAAGGCGGAUGUUGCACUCGUCGAGGCCGCACAUACACUCUUCCACCAGGCAAGUUCCGGUGCACCGCUCCCUAACCACCAGGACUUGUACAACGCGCCCCGCGCCGGGCGUGCACUUCCAGUGGGGUACGCGGCGGGGCCUUCGCACUCCACAAACAUCUCACAAAGUGGGGUUCAGUACGGCGUCGCCGCAACCGUGGCCCCGCCGGCAGCACCCGCCCCCAAGAAGCGCAUGCCCGCGCCCGUUGCGCCUGCGAUGUGCUUUCAGCCCAGCCCGUUCUACCGCCUCAAGCGCAUGCUCCAUGGUUCACCCAUCCUCGCGGUGAGCGCGCCUGAAACCCGUGGCACCGCGAAGCUUGACUUUGUCAUCAGCACCCAGGAGCAAGAACUUCUCGCUGCAGGGCCGCAUGUGCAACUUCUCGCGUUCUGCGCCGCACGCGUCGCUGGCGCGCCACACGCGCUCCUCCAGUUCCCACACCCGCUCGAGCUUCACCUCAACGGGGAACUUAUCAAGGACAACGUAAAGGGAAUCAAGAACCGUCCGGGGACAUCGCGCCCCGCGAACCUCACACCAUACUACCGCGCAGCUCCGUUCACCAACGUGUUUGAAAUGGUCUACGCCUUCACCAAGACCGAUUUCUACGUGUCGUUCUACAUCGUCGAGCGCUUCAGUGCGGAACAUGCAUUGGCGCAGGUCACCAUGCGCGCGCCAAUACCUGUGCAGCACACCGUGCAAAAAAUCCGUGGUGAGUAUGCGAACAGCGACGACGAGAUCACCGAGGUGUCUGCGACCUUGUCACUCAAGUGUCCGCUCCUGUACAUGCGAAUGCAGACGCCGUGUAAGUCAUUGUUCUGCCAGCACAUUCAAUGUUUUGAUGGACUCUCGUUCUUGCAGUUACAGGAGCAGGUUCCCACGUGGCAGUGUCCGAUCUGUUCGAGUCAAAUCAAGUAUGAAGACCUCGCGGUGUGUGAGUAUAUGGGUCAGGUGUUGAAGGAGACGGGAGAGGACGAUGAAGUGGUGGAUUUGGCUGAGGAUGGAGGGUGGAAGGUUAGACGUGAAGCGAGUGAGGGGGGCGACACGAAACCGAAGGAGCUGGGCCGAGCGAAAACAGAUGCAAAUAAUGCAAAUAAUGCAAAUAGUGCAAAUAAGGAUGCAGAUAUGAAGGAUGAGUUACCAGCGGCGAAUGCGGAUAUGAGUAUUUCAAAGGACAUCGAGGUGAUUUCAUUGGAUAGCGAUAGUGAGGAGGAGAGCGAGCCGGUUGUAAAGGCAGAGCCGAAAUCAGCUGCUAAGUCGACCGUGACGCUAGCUGAGAAAUCCGAAGAGAGGACAAAACCGGUGUCAAAUACUCACGAUCUAAAUGAAGCCCAUACCCAUCAAUCGGCUACCAACGGGCACGAGUUUCCAUUAGAUUCCUCCCAGCUGCCGCUGCCGGGUCUUGCCGACCAGUAUGUAUCGUUCAGAAAUCUCCACCAACGGCAGCUUCAAGCGCUGGACAGCCUCAAUGGCAUUCCCUCGCAUAUUCCGUCAUUGCAGAUUCGUGUGGGGCACACGCAAAUCGUGCCAAAUGGCAGAACUCCUCAGCCGUUGAGUCGGCCACCUCUUGGGCCCAAGGCUGUGAGCUCUCAGGCUCAACCAGCGAUUGUGAACAAGCGCGUUCUGAUGAAUUCAGAUGUGAGCCAUAAACCUCUGAAUUCAAAAGCUUCUACAAAUACUUCCACAAACACUUCCACGGGCCCUAUCACUAAUGCAACCGUAAAUACCACUGCAAUUGCAACUGCAGAUGCAAAUGCAAAUGGCUUUGAAGGUUCGCCUUCUCCCCCACAACGCAUCUCGUGGCUCUUCCCGCCGGUACCAACGCCGCCUACGCGAACUGUCUCUCUUACGGGCGGGACCAUACCCCGUGGCCCACCCGCCUCGCUGCCCAGCCUUUUCAGAGCUAACACGUCUAGCUCGCUCGCGCCGUCGCACGACGCGACGCGCAGCUUGUUCCGUAACACAGACGCGGUGCCACAAGCAAGCGUACCAAACGGAUCGUUAGGCCCACGGCCAAGCUCGGGACCACCGCCGCUUAAUAUUAGCGGUUUCACAGGUCAGGACGUGUUGGGUAUCACCCGUACAGAGCCGGAGAAGCUCCCAGGGACAGCUUCAAAGUUUCCGGCCUUGAAGAUUCCUCCGAAAUUCGUCGUUCCGGGAGCUACUCCGGUGACUACAGCUACAAACGGUACUUUGAGUCUGUCGAACGCGAAGAAUUCCGUAGCGAGUCUCUCCUCGGGUUCUCCAGUGGCAAGUUAUUCUGCGGUCUCCCUUUCGACGAUCAAAGCUGUACAGUAUCAACUGACCGCUAAGAACGUUGUUCAACCUGUCACUAACUCUACGGCCAAUUCCACCCAAAAGAUGACCCCAAUGGCCAACAUAUCCGAUACUCUCCAAAACGCCACCACCCCGGUUGGUACCUCCCCGAAGAUUCCCACUCCGGCAAGCCCUGCCCAAGAAGCUACCACUCCUGGUGUGACUCUAAAGGUAUCCACUCCCGUCAAUAUGGUUCAGCCUUUGAGUUCCCGGUCUGUAACCUCUAUUACCCAAAGUCUGGCCUCGUCCAAUCAGGUACCACAACUACUGGCCGUCCCUCUGACGACUCACUCCUCUUCCACCCCAACGCUUGAGUCGUCGCCAUCCCUCCCAAAGCUCAACCUUUCGUGGUCUGAAAACAACGUGCUCCAGCUGGCGUCGCGGUUCUCCCCGUCACGCUUUGGCCCAGUGCCAGACGACAGCACACCCCUUACCAAAUUGUAUCUCAACGGUGCUUCGAAACAGUCCACGUUCCAGAAGUAUCCCCACAUUCCCGUCAUUCCACGAUUCAAAAGUAGCUUGGUCGAGUCGCCGAAGCGGAAGCACUCUGAGGAGGCGCAUUCACCAGCAAAGCGCACUCCCGUGGCUGGUCUGGAUGAUGUUGAGGUGAUUGACUUGUGCUGGUCCGAUAACGAGUGA